AUGUCACUCGAAACACACAACCCGCUCCGGCAAAAUGCUCCAACCCCCCCACGCGCCGACAGAUAUAAAGAAGUCUCAGUGCCAUACCCAGGUCCCGCCAUUGAAUACAGCGCGAAGGAAGAUUGCAGCCUGCAAGUCAAUGACCAGGACUGCACACUGGAGUUCAGUGACCGAGACUGCAAUCUGGAACUUAAUCAAUACGCCGAUGAAAAACACACAGACAAGCAGGCUGAGGCCGGAGUCGAGGCCGCAGACGAAAACCAGACAGAGACUAGCAGACAACGGUCCGCAGCAGAUGGGAAACUAGACCCGGAGUCACAGUCUGUGAUAGGGUCGGUUUGGCGUCAUAGGGCUCGUCGGCGAGAGUGGGUUAUCGUUGGUUUGGUUCUUGGGGCUGUUGUUCUUCUUGUUCUUAUUAUUGUUCCCUCUGCGAUCUUCGGAACUCGUCAGUCUCGGUCCCAGCAUAAAGCCCUUCCAAAUCCAUAUAUUUUAUGA